AGUAGUCAAGAGUGGAGCUCAUCAGCAGAGAGCAGCCACAGCUUCCUGGAUGAAAACGAAACGCAGGAGCCGAGCAGACACAUUAGCUAACACACACAGGACAGACAGGACGACUAAACAUAUGUUUAGUUUUUCUUUAAGCCCGGUGCGUGUGUAUGAGAGGCGGUAACGGAGUGCCAGUGGAAUUAGGCGGUGACAGCAGAGGUUAUAUUAGGCUAGAACAACGCACUUUAUCAACACAUGUGUCCGUGCCACAAUAAGAGCACUGCGGCUGUGGCUCUGGACUCAGGCAGCUCCUACACCCAGUGGUCCACAGGCAAGGAACAUGGAGGCUGUAGCUACUCUCCGUCCCCAGCAGAAGGGCUAGGAGCAGCCUGAUUACUCCCUCCCUGCCUGCAUCGCCCCACCAUGGCCAGCAGGAGUCCCAGCCUGAGCCAUGAAGCCGGGGAUUCGCCACCGGGGACCCCUGAGGCCAGCGCUAACCCCCAGCCGGAGACUGAGGCUUUCUGCAAGCUGUGCCUCAGCGAGAAGCCGUUUGCAACCACCGGGGAGCUGCAGAGCUGCAACUGUGUCUUCUGCACUGCGUGUUUGAAGCAGUAUGUUCAGUUGGCCAUCAUGGAGGGUGGGGGUGCACCCAUCACCUGCCCAGAUAUGGCCUGCCAAAAGACUGGAGUGCUACUGGACUCCGAGAUAGCUAGCUUGGCCCCAGAAGAACAGGUGGAGCUGUAUCAGCGUCUGAAGUUUGAGAGAGGAGUGAAGUUGGACCCCAGUAAAGCCUGGUGCCCGGUGCUUGAAUGCCAGGCGGUGUGCAGUUUGCAGCUGAGUACUGAGGGCCAGCCCACCGCUGUGCACUGCCCAACCUGUCACGCCGUCUUCUGCUCCGGGUGCAGAGGGCCCUGGGAGGACGGCCAUACCUGCCCUGAGCACCAGCCCAUGAUGUCGCCCUCUCAUGAAAGCAGGGCCCGCUCUAACAGCGACUCUGAUAUGCCCAUCAAGCAGUGUCCUAUGUGUGGUAUCUACAUCGAAAGGAACCAGGGCUGUGCACAGAUGUUGUGUAAGAGCUGUAAACACACCUUCUGCUGGUACUGUCUGCAGAAUCUGGAUGGUGAUAUCUUCUUGAGGCAUUAUGAUAAGGGGCCGUGCAGAAACAAGCUGGGACACUCCAGGGCCUCGGUUAUGUGGAAUAGAACGCAGGUGGUGGGUAUCCUGGUGGGGGUCAGCAUCAUUGUGCUGGUGACGUCUCCGCUCCUCCUGCUGGCCUCGCCCUGCAUCCUGUGCUGCGUCUGCAAGCCCUGCAGCGGGAAGAAGAAGAAGAAAAAGAAGAAGAAGGAGCUCGGCCAGCCAGACUCCUCCGCAUCAUAGCAGCUCCCCUUCUCAUCAGCCCGGCCCAGGAUCACUCCACUCCUCUCACGAAGCUCACGGAAACCAAGAGAGUGCAAGUGCUGCAUGGUGGAAAACAAUAAAGAUGGAUUAAAAAA